GAAUCCCAAAAUAAGGGAAAACCCAGAAAAGAAGAAGAAAGAUUAGCAAGCACACGAACCAACAAAUUGCAAUUCAAUGCAAUGCAAAGAUAGUGAAACACGAACAAAACUCUGCAAAAAUGAAAAGAAAAAUCCAAAAGUAACAUAUGACAAUUCCAAAUUUAAUGUUAACAAAACAAAACCCCUUCGUUCAAAUGCUUUGAGGCCCCUCCCCAUUUUUUCGACUUUACCCAUUUGCUGUAUGCUCCUCCUCUCGUCUCCUCAUCCAAAGCUCCUCCUCUCCUCUCCACCCAAUAAAUUUGCCUUUGUUUUCUUCCAAUGUCCUUUACGUGAUUCCUGCAAUUAUGCUUACUUUUCUCCGCUCUUAAAUAAAUCAACAGUCCUCAAAUCUCACACUUCACCUCCCCACCUCACACUCUCUUUCAGACCUCAACGCCCAAAAUGGGUUUCCUCUCCUACAUUUUCCUUCUCCUUGCUUUCUUUUGCUCUACUUUCCAACUAGCUCACUCUCGAAGCUCACCGCUUAGCUCCAAAACGACAGUGCUCGACGUCGCUGCUUCAAUUCAGACGACCUUAAACGCCCUGUCGUCGGAGUCUCACACGCAGGCAUUGAGCCAACAAGACCGGAGCUCCUCAGCUGCUUCUUCACUUUCUCUGCCGCUACAUUCUCGAAUUUCACUUCACAAGCCUUCCCACAGUGACUACAAGUCGCUCACUUUGGCUCGACUCGAGCGUGACUCAUCCCGAGUCAGAUCUCUCACAACCCGGUUAGAUCUGGCUCUUCAAGGCAUUGCCACGUCGGAUCUUAAAACCGUGGAUACGGGCAACGGGUUGGAGCUUGAGGAAGCCAAGGGUUUUGAGGGUCCCGUCAUUUCCGGGACAAGUCAGGGAAGCGGCGAGUACUUCUCCCGAGUCGGAAUCGGCAAUCCGCCGAGUCCGGCCUACGUGGUGCUCGACACGGGCAGUGACGGCAGCUGGGUGCAGUGCGCACCCUGCGCCGACUGCUAUCAGCAAGCCGACCCCAUCUUCGAGCCGACUUCCUCGGAUUCCUUCUCGCCUCUCUCGUGCGAAAACCAACGGUGCAAGUCCCUCGACGUGUUCGAGUGCCGCAACGACACGUGUCUAUACGAGGUGGCCUACGGCGACGGCUCGUACACCGUCGGCGACUUCGUCACGGAGACCAUCAGCAUCGGCGGGGUUUCGGCGAAGGACAUAGCCAUCGGCUGUGGCCACACCAACGAGGGCUUGUUCAUAGGCGCGUCUGGGCUCCUAGGGCUCGGCGGCGGCUCGUUGUCGUUUCCUUCCCAGCUCAAUGCCACGUCAUUUUCCUACUGCCUCGUGGACCGUGACUCUGACUCUGCUUCAACUCUUGAGUUUAACUCGCCGCUCCAUCCCAACGCCGUGACGGCUCCGUUACGCCGUAACCCUGAGCUCGACACGUUUUACUAUAUCGGCCUAACCGGACUGAGCGUAGGCGGCGAGUUGCUACCGAUUCCCGAGUCCGCUUUUCAGAUAGACGACAGUGGAAACGGCGGAAUCAUCAUCGACUCGGGCACGGCGGUGACUCGGUUGCAGACGGACACUUACAACGCACUCCGUGAUGCGUUCGUGAAAGGCACCAAGGAUUUGACGUCCACCCAAGGCGCGGCGCUGUUCGACGUGUGUUACGACUUGUCGUCGAAGAAGAGCGUUGAGGUGCCAACGGUGUCGUUUCACUUCGCGGAGGGGAAAGUGUUACCAUUACCGGCUAAAAAUUACCUGAUACCGAUUGACUCGGAGGGGACGUUUUGCUUUGCGUUCGCGCCCACGCCCUCCUCGCUGUCAAUCAUUGGGAAUGUCCAACAGCAAGGGACACGUGUCGGUUUCGACAUCGAUAAUUCGGUGGUUGGGUUCUUCCCCAACCAAUGCUAGACAUAUAAAUUAGGCGUUAUGUUUUCGACCAUUUUCUUUUUCUUUUUAAUUAUAGUUUUUAGGAACCUGCCUCCCUGUUCAGUUGUUGUAUGUCCAUGUUACCAAAUCUACAUCUUCUUCUUUUUUAUUAUUUAUUUUUUUUAAUUUGCGGUGUUGUUUUAUUAACUUAUAAUUAGAGGUUAGUUGCAUAGUACUGCCGUUGAUACAGUAGAUUAAUUAAAUCGAAGUGUGAAGCUUCAGCUUAAUUUUGUUUGGUCGCCGGAGAUGUUGUACUCA